AUGGUCUCCCACGCGCAGACCGUCACUACCAUCACUCCUCCCGCCUCCGCGCAUGGCGAACGCAGCUCGUGGGACUUCGCCGUCCCCAUAAGCCCUGAGAACGUGACCUUCGAUCACUACAUUUCUAACGAUCUCGCCGGGAAGACUUAUUCCCCCCGCCAACCGCUGAACGGCCAACCUAACGGCUACACGCGACCCACCCAGCUCCGUACCAAUACGUUUGACUCAGCACGGUCUGGCAAGUCAGGAAAGCCGAGUGGGCAGAGUGAGGCGGAUAGUUUGCUCGACAUGCAGAAGAACGGUGAUAGGCGGAAGGCCCCCAACGGCGUACACUCGAACGAGCAGGACGAUAUCGAGCGCGACCAGUCGUACUGGAUCCACCGCGACAAGCUCGCGCAGAUUGAGCGCCACGAGCUGGAAGAGGCAGGGUUCAUUCCUCGCAACGGCGGGAGGUCCACGAGCAGAGAUAGCAGCAGGUCGAGGGCUACUUCUCGUAAGAGAGGAGACACGUCUACUAGCAGAGAUGGCCUGAAUCAUUUCUCUGGCGACGAGCCGAAGACGCGCAUGGUAUCCCCAAUUCCUGCGGAGGAAGAGCCGGACGAGCACCGCCACUCUAAUGUUGUGACCGACUGGCGCUAUCCUGACGAGAGAGAAAACCAUUCCGCCAAGAAGGAUCCCCCAAGGCCUGGCACUUCGAGGAUCCCUAUCCCCAAGCACACCGCGGCCCCGAUCCCCGCGGAAGCCGUUGAGAGAGAAGCCCCGCUGCCGCGCAGCCGGAGCGGAAGCCAGGUGCUGGGUGCCACGCCGGGACCUGAUGGCAUUGCUUACCGGAGGAGGAGGGGCGGCAGCAUCGGAAGCCAGGUGCUUCUGGAUGAUGCGUCUGACCAAGCAAGCUCGAAUGAUGGAGACGUCAAUUCGAAGAAGGUUUCACCGAAAAAUGGAUCUCCGAACAAGGCCAAGAUGCCUACGAACAAAACGCCAGCCUCGGGGAAGAGGACGCAGAGCAAGCCACGCACUGGCUCGCAAACCAAGUCGAGGACGAACUCGGGCACCAACAACAAUGGCCGGCCACGCACUGCCUCACGCCCGACGACGGCUCGCCCCGAGGGAGAGGCGCCUUGGAUUGCGACCAUGUACAAGCCGGACCCCAGGUUGCCUCCGGAGCAACAGAUGCUUCCAACUCACGCAAAGCGUAUUGCACAGGAGCAGUGGGAGAAAGAUGGAAAGGUUGGGAAUAUCUACGACAAGGAUUUCAAGCUGCUCAACGAGUACGACUUUUCGCAACAUCGCCGUUCUACUGGCUCCAUGUCCCCGGUACUUCAGGAUCCCGAGGCAGAGCAGUUCCAGUCACUGGAGGUGCAGGAUAUCGAAUCAAGGCCCGAGGAGAAGCACGAGGACAAGCAGGAAGAAAGGAAGGUCGAGGCACAGAGGGCAGAAGAGCCGAGCUCCGACUGGCCUUUGAAUUCCUCGGAGAAGGUCGAGCAGAAUGGCAGACCUCAGACCGCCAACACGGAGCACGCAGGAUACAAGAUUACUCCCAACGUUGCAUCUUCGCCCGUUGUACCCCAUAUUACUACUACCGUUACGGCCCAGCACAGCCCCAAGCCGGAAGCUAUCAGGCUCCCCGAUCCUGGAGACAAGGAAGAGGGAAAGCCCAAGAAGAGCGCUUGCUGCUGCGUGGUCAUGUAA